AUGGCACCAUCGCCGCCCGCAGACACCACUGCCGCCACAGGCUCGAGCACAGCACCAGCACCCGAACCAUUAUCCGGCUCAAACCGCCUGCGCGACACAUUCGCCGGGCAGCCGCUAUCAGCGCACCCGACGGCGUGGGACGCGCUGUGGCAGGCGUCGUACACGCCAUGGGACCGCGGGGGGGCGAGCGACGCGCUGCGCGAGGUGCUCGUGACCCACCCACCUCUCUUCCCUCCUCCGGGAGGAGAGUCUCAGACCGGGACGAAGAGGAGACGGAGAGCGCCGGUGCCCGGGUGCGGGCGUGGCUACGACGCGGUGCUGCUGAGCCGGGCGUUCGGGUACGACGUUGUCGGGCUGGAUAGUUCGGCCGAGGCGGUACGCGCUGCGGUUGCUAAUGCUGCUGCUGCUGCUAGUGGUGCUGCUGGUAAUGGUGAUGUGUAUGCACCGCAGACGGAGACGGAGACGUCGACAGGGAGCGUCGAGUUUGUGCUUGGGGAUUUCUUCGACGAGGAUGGCGUUCUUGGCAAGCCCGCCGAUGACGGCGACGACAGCAAAUUCGAUCUCAUUUUCGACUACACGUUCUUCUGCGCGCUCCCCAUCGAAGCGCGCCCCAGGUGGGCGCGGCGCAUGGCAGACCUCCUCCGCCGCGACACAGGCCGGCUGGUGUGUCUCGAGUGGCCGCUGCACAAGCCGCCGGCGACAGGCGGGCCGCCGUGGGGCGUCACGGCCAGGGCGUACGCCGCGCACCUGGACCACCCGGGAGUCGAGCUGGCGUACCAAGACGACAACAGCGGCGAUCCCAUCGUGUCGCCCGGGUCGAGCAGCCCCUCAAACAACGGCGCCCUGCGGUGUCUGGCGCGCUUCCAGCCGCAAAAGACGCACAAGGCGGGCUGUGACGAGCAUGGGAAUGUCAUUGACUAUGUGUCGGUGUGGGGCCAUCAGUAG